UAACCUGAAGUCUAGAUAUGUCGUUAGCGAACUCAUCAUGAUCAGUGAUGUUAUGAAUGAGUCUUGAUACAAGACGGUAGUGACGAGUGGAAACUGAUGGCCCAAUCUGUUGUGCCUGGCUGGCGCCUGGCUGGGUACCUACGAAGGUUUUUGUGAGAGCCCGUAGAGGACCACGGUCGAUGAAAGAGGCUUUAGCCAGUCGAGGAGACAUGCUCAUACGAGAACUUAUACUUUUUAAGGAUAUUGCCAGUGCUAGCAGCCGUCAAUGCUCAGAAGCCUUCACUCUGAUUCAUGGUGCCUGCUUCAAGCUGCUUCUUCGCCUUUAGCUGAAGCAUGCUCUCUCUCUUUUUCAACGUUCUUUUACUUCACUGUACCGGAUUCACCCCUUGCAUCUUUAUUCAGUGUAUGGUGUCCUAAUUCUUUAUUUGUAUCAAGCCAUUUCACUAUAUCCGACAUCGAGUGUAUCAGUAUCCGAUCAUCCAUUAUAGUGCAAUCAAUCGAGAUGAACCCCCAGCAGACAGGCCUCAUGAACUCCGGGUGGAAUUGGGGCGGCAAAACUGUCUCCUGGGAUGAGUUCUUUCGUCGACUCGGCCCGGAAGGAUGCAGAGAUUGGGUUGAAAAGGGACAAGCCUUCGUUAAUGAUUUUGGAACUCAUGCUGCCAGAAGCCCUGCUGGAACAGGCCACGAAAACAUUCAGCAGAGAGGCAAUACCAAGGCUGAGAGAACCUCCGACACCAAAUCUUGACAGGACAUGGACAAUAUUCGAAAAAUCGGGCGUCUGAUGGAGCGAGUUGAGGUGUUGGAGGCCGAGAAUCGGGCUCUGAAGAGAAAGAACACCGAGUUCAAAGACAAGCAAGCAAAGAUGGUGAAGCUGCUUAUGGAUGAAUGAGUACAACACAACUCACCUGUUUUGUUGGCGUGCUUUUGGGCUGCAUUAUUUGGACUGUUGGCAAAUGCAUAUGCCGCUGAUGAUAUGCUGGCGUGAGCGGUUUACAGGAUCUAGGCCAAGCAAGAUCAAUAUCGUUUCAUCUCAUCGUAGAGAUGGCCAAUCAACCAAGUUUGAGUGGUUUUUCGAAUGACGAACGACGUUGCAUCGCAUCCAACCAUUCCCCUCUAAGCAUUCGGCUGUGUGACGACCCCUUCAUUGUGAAAAUGACGUAUUCCGAGGCCGGCAAUUUGACGAUCCAAUCAAUAAGAUCAGAUGAGAUAUUUUAAUAAGAAGUGCAGUAUACAAUAUAAGCUAACAAGCAUAUAAUCAC